AUGGCCUACUACGGAGGAGAACCCUACAACCGCCCGCCCCCAGGGCCCUACGACCAACCCUACCCACCGCAGGGAGGCUACGAACGCCCUCCCUACGAACGCGGCCCAUACAGUGCCCCUCCACCGGGCGCCCGACCCCCGGCCAACCCACCACCACCACUCCCGGCCGGCUGGCACCAAGAAUGGGAGCCCAGCACCCGCCGCGCAUUCUGGGUCGAGGAUGCCACAGGUCGUUCGCAGUGGGAGACACCCUACGGACCGCCGCCCGGCCCACCCUCCGGCUACUACGAUGGGUCUCGCAGCGUGCCGCCGCCCGAGCCGGCUGGUGGAUACUAUGCGCCGCCCCCUGGUCCUCCACCGAUGGGCUACGAGGAGCGCGGGUCCUACGGCGGCGGGUAUGAGCAGCCGCAGGAGGAAAAGAAGUCCAGCAACGCGGGCAAGUAUCUGGCGGCUGGUGCAGCCGGUCUCGCGCUGGGUGGUAUCGCCGGCGCGGUGAUUGAGCACGAAGUUGAAUCCGACCGCGAGUCCGACCAGGAGGAGGAGCUCCAAGAGGCGCGCCGCGAGGCGUACGAAGACGGCCGCGAAGACCAGGCGGAGUACGACGAGGAGUACUAUUAG